AUGUCGCAGGCUCCUUCAAUUGAGGUCUGUUUGCUAUGUCUAAGAACCUUUCUCUCCCCUGCCCUCCUCUCUCCGUCCUUUUCCUCACCUGAAGCCUUUCUUCUCUCUCUUCUCUCAAACGGUCCUUCGUGUCACGUCACACAACCACACUCUCUCCCUCUCUUUCCCCCUCUCUUCCCUCUCUCCCUCCCUCCCUUUCUCUCUUCCCUCUCUCGCUUCCCUCCCUCUCUUCCCUCUCUCCCUCCCUUUCUCUCUUCCCUCUCUCGCUUCCCUCCCUCUCUUCCCUCUCUCUUCCCUCUCUCGCUUCCCUCCCUCUCUUCCCUCUCUCCCUCCCUUUCUCUCUUCCCUCUCUCGCUUCCCUCCCUCUCUUCCCUCUCUCCCUCUCUUCCCUCUCUCUCUCUCUCUUUCUCUCUUCCCUCUCUCGCUUCCCUCCCUCUCUUCCCUCUCUCCCUUCCUUUCUCUCUUCCCUCUCUCGCUUCCCUCCCUCUCUUCCCUCUCUCUCUCGCCUCCCUUUCUCUCUUCCCUCUCUCUCUCGCUUCCCUCCCUCUCUUCCCUCUCUCCCUCCUGCAGGCAAUGCUGUACGCGGUGGGGCUGGGAAAAGGCGCCAUCCCAGCAGCAGCCGCGGUCAACUGGGCAAUGCUGUACGCAGUGGGGCUGGGCAAGGGCGCCAUCCCAGCAGCAGCCGCGGUCAACUGGGUCCUAAAAGACGGGCUGGGCUACGCUGCAAAAGUCACGCUCUCCCAGUUCGGCCGCCAUUUCGACGUCUCCCCCAAGCGCUCGCGCCUGCUCUCCGACCUCGUUGAGAACCUCUCCGCCUCCCUCGAGCUCCUCACAGCCACCUUCCCGCAGUACUUCGUCCAGCUGGCCGCUGCAGCCGGGGCAGGGUUCUCUGCUUCCAGCCUCGUGCAGAGUGCCACGAGAAACCGGUUUUACGCCGGGCUGGCAGGCAGAAGAAAUUUCGCCGAGGUGCUAGCACGCGCAGAGGCACAGGGCAUGGUGAGCAAGACAUUGGGGAUGGCACUAGGCAUCGUCGUUGCUCCUCACGUGGGCACCCGGGGCCCUCUACUGUGGGCAACUCAUGGCCUGCUGUCCGCCGCCCACCUGUUUUGCAACUACCGCUCGUACAAGGCCGUUCAACUCAGGACGCUCAACCCCUUCAGAGCAGAUAUUGUCCUGGCAGAGUACGUGACCAAUGGCAGGGUGCCAGGUGUCAUCGAAGCGUCCCCUCCACCUCUCCCCGGCACAGGUAGCGAGAACUGGAUUGAGUUCGGAGUGCCCUUGGCAAGUAGGCAGCAGUGGCUCACACAGACAGACGUCUCAACACUCCCUUACUCCCAUUCCACCCGAACCCCCUCCCCUCCUCCCCUUUCCAGGCCUCUCCCCCUCCUCGUCCAGGCACAGGCAGCGUCUCCUCCACCCCUUCCCGGCACAGGGAGUGAGAACUGGAUCGAAUUUGGGGUGCCCUUGGCCGCAGUGGCGCACACAGAGCGGGAGGCUGAGACCAUGGCUGAUAUAUUCCGAGGAGAGAAGUACCUGCUUGGGAGGGACGAGCGUACGGGGCAGAUGCAGUGGGAGGAGGCAGAGGCGGUGGCUGGGAUGGGAUAUGCCGAGGAGAGAAGUACCUCCUUUGACAGGACGAGCGUAGUGUUGAAGGAAGGAGCAGUCCCUCGGGACUUCCUCAGAGCGGCCCUGCAAGCCGCCUACCUCCGCACUCUAUCUCCACACGUCCUCUGCCCCACCAUUCAUUCCCUCGCCCCCCAAGCGCGCACCCACGUCCAAGCCCGCGCGCCGCCGAGUUUUCCUCCUUGGGAAGCAGAUCAAGGUGCUGCAUGCUCUCCUCUUCCCCUCACAUCUAUUCCUUCUCCUCUCAUCCCCAUGCCUUCUCACCCUGCAACCACCAUCCAUGCAGGUAGUGUUGAAGGAGGGGGCACUCCCAGGGAUUUCCUCAGAGCGGCCCUGCAAGCCGCCUACCUCCGCACCCUCUCUCCACACGUCCUCUGCCCCACCAUCCACUCUCUCGCACCCCAAGCGCGCACCCACGUCCAAGCCCGCGCAGCCGAAUUCGCUUCCUUGGGGAAGCUAGAGGUGCUGCAUGCUUCGUAUGACCGCAUGGCUGCGGGGUUUGAUGGGUUGUGUGAGGCGCUGAGAGCGAAUGGGUGGCGCUGUGACGAUGGCUUGUUGGCUCGGCCAGGAGACUGGCGACUGCUGCUGGCACCUGAGGAGAAGAGGAAAUGA